AUGACCCAGCUCUUCAGAUCCAUGCGCCUCUACGGCAACAUUGUUCUCCUGCUCCUCAGCGCCACCGUUCUCGGUAUCACAGCAUACUGGGCAAGCAUCUUCUUGCCUAACGUCCGCCACGACUACUCCAUUUUUGCCAUAAUCGUCCCAGCCUUGACCAUACUACUACUACUGAUUGGAUUACAAUGGUCCACCCCGAGAACGGAGGCGUUCUUCCUGUUUAUUCUUGGAGUGCUUUGGCUCGCCAUGGCAGCAUGGACCACUGACAUCAUUGGCAACACUCAGUGUGACUCCCUCACGAGCCAGACUAUCCCGACGAACUCCGGGACGCUCUCGGAGAGAAGCUGGUGCUACGAGAUGCGCGUCGUACAGGCCUUCUCGUGGAUGAUCUUCUGCCUCUAUGUAAUUUUCCUCUGGAUCCUAAUCUCACUCACCACGCGCGCCAAGGCGCUCGGCCGUCCGUUCGCCUGGGCAGAGCCGAUCAUCGAGCUCCCCUGGUUCGGACAGUGGCCGGGCUUCCCCGAAGGCCAGUACCCGAUGAACGGCAUGUACCAGCAACCGUACGCGUACCCCGCGGGCGCGCCCAUGUACGCAGGCAGCGGGCAGCCGCAGAUGACUCCCGGGUAUGUGAUCCAGCAGCACCCUGGCCACUCUGUAGUAAUCCAGCCCGGGGUCGGGGGGCAGCCUCCGACUAUAACUCAGAUCCCCGGCUCGGUGAGCUCGGUGUGA